AGUCGCGAGCACCUCUCGGGCUCCUCAGUCUUACAACAGACUUCUCCCGAGGCUAUCGACACCAUUUCCCUACCUUAUUUCACACGGCAAGCCCAUAUAACCUCUGCUGAAGCCUCUUGGCGUUAUUUGCAAGAUUUGUCAAUUUCUAGAGCAGUGUUAUGAUUAAUAUAACCGUGUGAAUCAUCGUUAAAAAAUUCUGUGUGAACGCCGGAUAUUCUGAGGUGUUAAGGGUAGAAUAUCCUCGAGCUGGCAUUUUCAUUAAUAAUCAGUGUUUUCCGAGGCCGGCGUCUAAAUUAAAAAUUUCCUUCCGAAGUAAAUAAUUGCAAAAGCCGGACCAGUCAAUAAGAACUUGCAGAAACGUUCAAAACGGUUUUAAGAAAUACGAAAUCAAUUCCCAAACCCAGUCGCACUCCCGCACCUGUUGGUUUAUACUCAUUAAUACAAAACGGCGGCCUUAAAAGGGAAUAUUUGUUUUAAUCCUGUAGACACAGGCAAGUCACCAUGGAGAACAACACCAACGGAAAGUCAACUUACAUUUUCACCAAGAUUGAUCUUGAAGAGGAAGACAUCUCUAACAAGAAUUGCAACGAAACAAACGUCGCCACCUCAGGAAAAUUUGCACACAUUAGAAAGUGGAUGGUUGCUAAUCUGCUCCUCGUGACCACAGUUUCUGGAGUUCUCUUUGGUCUCUUCCUAGGAUUUGUGUUACGGCCUUUAAAACUAAGUCCGGAUGCUGUGAUGGUUAUAUCUUAUCCCGGAGAAAUUUUCAUGAGGCUACUGAAGUUGCUGAUUCUUCCCUUAAUCAUUGCAAGCCUUAUAGCAGGCAGUGCAAAGCUGAACGCCAGUGCGAACGGGAAGAUAGCCGCCAGGAUGCUGGUCUACUUUGUAUUAACGUCACUCAUCAAUGCGAUCCUGGGUACAGUCCUAGUGCUGUCAAUACAUCCUGGUGAUCCCCACAGGAAAGUGGUCUAUGGCGAAGAAAACAUUGGCCGGAAGGCGCACAUCUUGGACGGAAUUCUUGACCUCGGAAGAAACAUCUUCCCCGAUAACCUCUUCCAAGCUGCAUUUCAACAGGCUCACACAGUAUACAUUCCCAAGAACGUGGCUGUCCAUAAUGUCACGGAUAAUGCCACAUAUGGGCCGAAGGAUGCUUCUGAAGCAGUUAUUACACAAGUGGAACUCGUGAGGACGAUCCAGUACAGAUCCAGCACUAAUACCCUUGGAAUUAUCUUUUUCUGCCUCGUAUUUGGGACUGUCGUUGGCACGAUGGGUAGAAAGGCGUACGUGGUUGUCGAGUUCUUCACCGCAGUUGACGAGGUCGUCAUGAAGAUGGUCUCAGGGGUUAUGUGGUUGACACCAGUUGGAAUCAGCAGUGUUAUCUGUGGGAAGAUUCUAUCAGUGGCAGACCUAAGUUUAGUGGUACAGCAGCUGGGCUGGUUUAUUUUCACAGUGGCCCUGGGCGUCUUCAUAUACCAGCUGGCGAUAAUGCAAUUCAUAUAUUACAUCGUUGUGCGCCGCAAUCCAUACAAGUAUUACUUUGGAUUGGUUCAGGCAACUCUCACGGCAUUUGCUACAGCAUCAACAGCUGCAGCCCUUCCAAUCACGUUCCGCUGUAUGGAUGAGAAAGUGCACAUAGAUCCACGCAUAUCACGCUUCAUCCUACCAAUUGGCUGUACCAUCAACAUGAAUGGCACAGCCAUGUUUGUUGCUGUUGCCUCUUUCUUUAUAGCACAGAUGAAUGAACUGCAGCUGAGUCUGGGAGAAAUCAUUACAGUCUGUUUAGCAUCAACAGUGGCAAGUUUUUCAUCUGCUAGUGUCCCAAGUGCAGCCCUUGUACUAAUCUUUAUGGUGUUAUCAACGAUAGAUGCACCAAUGGAAGAUGUCUCUCUCCUAUUUGCAAUCGACUGGUUUGUGGAUAGAAUUCGAACCACCAACAACAUGCUGGGUGACUGCUAUGCAGCAGCCAUCGUGGAACACUUGUCAAAAGAGCAGCUGAUAGCUGUAGAUGCGGCUAUAUAUGAGGAAGAACAAAUGGCAGCAUCAAGUAGACACAUCCCACCAGUGUACAACAAUGCUUCCAGUGAGCACUCAGUACCACAGGCUGUAGCUGUGGAAAUGCAGUCAUCUGUACUAACAAGUGGUACUCAGAAGAAACAGGAAAAUAUAUUAAUGUCAACUUACUAAUUUAUAUCAAGUAUUUUCUGCAGACAAUCAAAACAACUUCAUAUUGUAGUCUUCUGGGUUAUGACACUGUUUCAUUUCAUUUCAUUUCGAUUAUUUACAUGCCAGAAAUCCAUUACAAAGUCAUAGGAUCCAGGAUGAAGACAAUUGCUUGUGUAUCCUGAUAGGCAGUUACCAGUGUUUCAGAUGAACUUACUGUAACUGACUUUUCUCAGAUGUGUGUUGCUCCUUUCAAGGCUUUUCUUUUGUCUUCAUUUACCUGCUGUCUCCUUUGUUAUGUAUAUAAUUGAUAAUUGAUGCACCUAUUUCUGAUGCUAGUGUAGUUCACUCUAUUCAGAGAAUGUUGCAUGCCAUACAACAAAUUGUAUGUGAAAGCGUUUGGAGAUGGGUAGAAAUAUUGAAACACCGUUAUGUUUGUUAGUGUCUGAAAUAUUGUUGUCACAAAGAAUAUUAUUCACUAUACAGUUACUGAAUAUAAUGUUACUAUGAUGAAUAGUUAGAUAGUUCUGUAGCAUUUUAUAAUGUUUGUUCUUCUGUCUUCAGUACUAUUUUAAUAUAUCCCAACUUUCUGUCCCAUCUGCAAUUUUCCUUAGCACUACUCUCAAUUUAUGUACUAUAGUUAGUCAAAGUUGCUUGUCUGACACUACAAUCCAGUUGAGCUGUGCCCAACUCAUUGUAUUGUCUAUUCUGGAACAACUUGUGGCCUUUCCAUGCACCCUGUUCUUCCUACAAAUUUCUCUUUUACUCACCCCACUCUGUUCUAUUCUCUGGCUCUUAACUGUGUACAUCCUGGGCUGGCAUUCAGGAUUCAGAUCUUUGGCUGGUUGUUACUCUACACAUGGAGAAAGGUCCCUGGGGUCAGCUACACAGGGAUUGGUUGUUGGAGACAGGAAGUGUUUCUUUUCUAAAUUCAGAUUUGGUUUGUUUAUACAAAAUUUUCUUUUGGCCAUACUCAUCUCUGCACGUUCCACUAGGUUGGUUUUAUUAAAUUCUUUAGCCUUUUUUCAUGGAUCUAUUCCCUCCACAUUGAUUAUUUGUAAUUGUGUUAUUGGUAUUGGCUGUUCUCUCUCUGACUCUCCUUCUGCAAUCUGCUGCAGUGUUUGUAAAAAUCAACGCCAAAGCCAGUGGAAAGCUUACAGAAAUAUCAGGACCUACUCUCUAUUCAUUGUGGCCUCUCUUAAUUUUGUAUUAUUUUUAUUGUUUAUUUAUUACAUGCCAUUUGGGCACUAUUUUCAAUGUGCCACUGUUGUUAUUGUUGUUAUUAUUAUCAUUAUUUCCUCCUUCCCUAAAACCCUUCCCUAAAAUUCUGAGAUGAUCUCAAAUCCUGGGAUGACCUCAAGGAGCAUUUAAAGGGAAUCCAGGGGAUGGUACUGAGCCCUCUCUGCGUUUUCAUUUUGGUUUACCAUCGCCCUUGAAGACAUGAAACCCCCUUGUUAAACCUAGAGUACCUUACUGUUUACAAUUAUUUUUGAGAAUUAAUUUUUGUAUUACUGUACUGGCAUGAGGUGGAACUACACAUGUGCCACACAAUUUCCCAGUCCACGAUCCUUCCCAAGGCUGAUGAACAGACCAUCGAUAGGAUAUUUUAAAUAUUUGAGUACCACUCUGUGAAAGCAAAAAGUAAAAAAGUAAAGCUAUCCCUGUAACAGGCCGU